AUGAGAGCUUUCUCUGCGUCGUCUGUUUCUUCUCUCGUCUUACUCCUCUCGACUUUCCUCUUCCUGUCGGCCGCCUGUUACCUGCGAGGACCUCCGAAGAACAAGGAGGGCCUCCGCCUCCCGCCGUCCCCGCCCAAACUCCCCCUCAUCGGCAAUCUCCACCAGCUCAGCGCCCUGCCUCACCGCCCCCUCCGUGAGCUCUCCCGCAAGUACGGCCCCCUCAUGCUCCUCCACCUCGGGCAGUCCCCCACCCUCGUUGUCUCCUCCGUGGAGGCGGCGCGGAAGGUGCUCAAGACCCAGGACAUCGCCUUCGUCACCAGGCCCUUCUCCACCGCCGCCGCUGCCCUCAUCAACGGCUGCCGCAAUGUGUCGUUCGCCCCAUACGACGAGCACUGGCGGCGGGGUCGGAAAGCCGUCGUCGUCCACCUCCUCAACCUCAAGAAGGUCCAGUCCCUCCGCCGGACGCGGGAGGAGGAGAUUGCGCUGAUGAUCCGGAAGAUCUCGUCGUCUCCUCCUCUGGCGACGGUGGACCUGAGCGGAAUCCUCUACGCCUUCUCCAACGGCCUCAUCUGCAGAGUCGUCGCCGGGAGCUGCCCGGCGAGGGAGGUGAGGACGCAGAGGUUCCAAGAGGCGAUCGACGAAUCCACGGUGAUGAUCAGCGGCCCGAGACUGGAGGAGCUCUUCCCCAGCUUGGCGUGGGUGAGAAGGCUUCCUGGAGCAGACUCGAGGUUGAUGGAGCUGGCGAUGAAGUUUGAUGUCCUCCUCGACGAGAUCAUGACGGAGCACGAAAGGCGGGCGGGAAGGAGAGAGCAGGCGGAGGAGGUCGACUUCCUCGACCACCUCCUCUCUGCCGACACCGCCGGGGACUAUGCCUUCUCCAGGGAUGACUUGAAGGCCAUCAGCCUCGUGAGCCGCCGCCAUGAAUUAUCCUCUCUCUCUCUCUCUCUCUGACGUGGGUUUUGGUCAUCUUCACCUUGGUCUUUGCUUUCAGGACCUCAUCACCGCCGGGUCGGACACCUCGUACGUGGUGCUGGAGUAGGCGAUGGCGGAGCUGAUGAAGAACCCGGCGCUGAUGGAGAGGACACAGAAGGAAGUGAGGGAGGUCGCCGGCGUCAGGCCCACCCCCACGGAGGACGACGUGGCCCGGAUGCGCUACCUGCGGGCGGUGGUGAAGGAGGUCUUCCGGCUUCACAUACCGGCGCCGCUCCUCCUCCCGCGGGAGUCCAUGGAGGACACACGUGUACUGGGCUACGACGUCCCCGCCGGGACGAGGGUCUUCAUCAACGCCUGGGCGAUGGCGACGGACCCGCAGUGGUGGGAGGCGCCGGAGGAGUUCCGGCCAGAGAGGAUCUCCGGGGGAGCGAUUUCCAGUUCCUUCCGUUCGGGGCGGCGAGGAGGAUGUGCCCGGGGAUUAACUUCGCGCUCUGCAUGGUGGAGCUGGCCCUCGCGGGCCUCCUCUACCACUUCGACUGGUCUCUACCCGCCGACACGGCGCCGGAGGACCUCGACAUGGCCGUGGCUCCCGGAAUCGCCAUCCGCCGGAAGGCGCCCCUCCGGCUUGUUGCCGUUCCCCACUCUCCCAGUUCUGCUGUGCUUGCCUGA